AUGGCUCCAGCAGAUGGUUACUGGGGAGGAAGCCCCAUGACGAUUGGUGUUACCGCAUGGACCCGUUCGCCGAUGAACUUGAUGGACUGGAGGGCUCCUGUAGUAGUACAGUAUUCCGUGGUUGGGCCACAAAUCUGGCAUCAGCGUACGCUAACUGCAGCCGCUUUGGGGCUGCAAGACUCCGCGACUCGUCGCGCUGCGAUUCCGAGAGCAUUGGCAAGCGGGUGGCCCGGGAUAGGAAGAAGAUCGUCUGUUUGGGGUGCAGCCCUUGAUGUCGGGUUCGGUUCCAGGAGUGGCUCGGGCUCGGGCUCGGGAGGUGCAGGGUCUCACGAUGCGCGCAGUGCACCCUUUCUUUUCUUUCCGUGGGUUGGUGCCGUGACCAUCACAGCCCGAUGCAGCAAUAUCAUUUCGAUUUGGUAG